AUGGAUUCAGAACAUGUGCAGAUAGUGGACGAAAAUAAUAAUUGUGAGACACAACAGCCUGAUAAUAUUCAAACUACUGUUAAACAAGAAAGGGUUAGUGAUAGUGAUUCUGCAAGAAAGAAACCUCGCAAAUAUUCAGAUGUGUGGAACAGUUUUGACACAUAUGUUGAUGAUGAUGGGAAUAAUAGGGCAAGGUGUAUAUUGUGCAAGGCCUCUUAUGCGAUAGAGGGUUUAAAAGUUUCUAGUAUGGCACUACAUAAGAUUCGAGAAAGUAUUAAGUACCUUAAGAGCAGUGAGGCAAGAUUGAUUAAAUUUGCAGAACUUGCGAAGCAAACAGAUGUUACUACUUCAAUGCAUUUGCGCAUGGACAUAUGCACUAGGUGGAACUCCACAUAUUUGAUGCUAGAGAAUGCUGUUACAUUUCGACGUGUUUUUAUGCAUUAUUCUUUGUUUGAUUCACAUUACAAAUAUUGUCCUUCAAAUGAUGAGUUGGAUAGGGCGGAAAGGAUAGGUGAUUUUUUGGAACCAUUUUAUGAGAUUACUACUCUUUUAUCUGGUUCUGAAUAUCCAACUGCAAAUUUGUACUUUCCAAGCGUGUGGAAAAUUCAAAAGCGCCUUCUUGAAGAAGCCGAGAGUGAAGAUGAAAUUAUAAGUGACAUGGCAAAACAAAUGAAAUCCAAGUUUGAGAAAUAUUGGGAUAAUUAUAAUGUGAUAUUGGCUAUUGCAAUUAUUCUUGAUCCUCGUUAUAAGUUGCCCUUUGUGGAUUAUUGCUUCAAAAAGGUUUAUCCAACUAGAUACCUAGAAGAUGCACAAGGCAGAAAGAUACUCACAAGCCAAGAAAAGGACUUUGAUGGCUUUGAUAAUGAAUUUGGGGUCACUAGCAAAUCUGAAUUAGAUCGAUAUUUGGAGGAGACAAAGUUCGAUCGUAUACAACAUGCUAAAUUGAAUAUUCUUGAUUUUUUGAAGGAUAAUUGUGUUCGGUAUCCAAUUCUUUCUAAGAUGGCGCGCGAUAUUAUGAGCAUACCAAUAACAACCGUUGCUUCAGAAUCUGCUUUUAGCAUUGGAAAUGAACACGACGACAACGAUCUUGUGGUGCCAUUGUUGAAUAUUGGUGAAACUCCAGAAUCAAGAGAAUCAACUACUAAAGCGACAGAUGUGGAUUGA